GUUUCUCCCACCAUAACGCAGCGAAACGCCGAUAUCCAGGCCGCAGAGGAUUGAGUUGCAUUUGGGCAGCGGUCUUUACUGAGCGGCAUUUGUUCACUGCGAAUGUCUUUUUUCGUAAACAUCUCGACUGAAUAUCUCGCGGGCACCUUGGACUUCCUUCAUGGUUCCACGAAUACCUUUUACUAAGAACCGACCAGUCGCAGACGUGUCUCCUUCUGUCCAGCACCAGCAUCAACCACCACCUCCAUACGAAGAAUCCACGACUCACUCUGUCGUUUAUUCAGAGAAAACGACGACGACGACAACCGAAGUGGUCACUACCACUACCACCCAGACCACGACUCAUCUCAUCUCCUCUCCUCUGUGGAGAAAGCACGUCACUCCCGUUGCAACGGACCACUCUGUUGCUUCUGAACGGUCUUGUGACAUGUUUCCUCAACGCGGACCUUUGCGAGUUGAAAAAGAUCUCCCUCCAACACCUACGGACGAAGAUGAUAUACCUUCUGGCUCGUCGUCGCGGCGGGAUUCGGCGGAGGAGAUUAUGGCAGAGAGUAUGCUCCCGUCAUUAUUCCCUUCCCCUGAUGGGAGAGCCUGUCCCGACGCCCUACCUGUGUUGCAAUCUUCAACUGCAGCGUUGGCACAUGCUUCAUUGGGCGUCGGCUUGCCACACGUCCUUUCCCGGUCGUCCCCCUCGUCUCCCUUUUCCGAAGUGAACACUGUUGCGUUCGCGACCUCACCAAUUCCCACAAGUCGUCCAGGACUUCGUCAAUCGAAAAGUUCUCAGAAACUGAGAGCCGUUUCAGACACGCGCGAUGGGUCGAACGGAGAACGCCGGAGGACUAGAGGGUUGUCUUUGAAUGCAUCGACUUUCCUUAGCUUUAGUGUAUCAGAUUCCAAAGGGAAAGGGAAAGCCAAGGAAGUAGACGAAGAUCCUCCGCCGAAGACUUUGUCUCGUCGGGCGUCAUUCUGGACGCGCAAAAAGAUACCGGUAUCCGGCCUUCCCACUCCGCCCAAGGAUUCACCCCAGUCUACUAAUCUGUAUACGCCUUUGCCAUCCGUUCAGCCCGGUUCGCCUUUCUUCAUGAAUUUAGACCCCCGUUCAACUGCUUCAGAUCGGCAGUCUGCCAGUACUUCCCACACCCGAGGUUUAUCCAGGAGUCAUUCUGAAUGCCUUUCGAACGGCCGUCCAGCACUUCCUGAACAGUCGCUCUCAACCUCAUCUCUGGUGCCUCCAAAGGCGCGUCGGCCUACGCGUCGCCCAGCAACCGCAGACCCGUUAAAUACUUCCCAUGCAGCCGGUUCGUUGUUUACUGAUUCCCCUCGUUUCACGUCAUCACCUCUGUCCAAUACCCCUCCGUCCCCUCCAUUACCGCAGCGGCAUGAUCUCGAACCUCCAGAAUCUCAAUAUCAGAACCGUAGACCGCGUGCUCAAACCAAUCCUCCAUUACUUCAUCGGUUAUCAUUAUCUUUAUUGUUCUCAUCCUCUGUCCAACCAUCUUCCCCUUUCACUUUGGUUUCCAAUCGUUUGGCCUCUGCAUCAUCAUCAAGCUCGUCACCCGCCAUCAGCAACAAUAACUCCCCCCGUCCUUCUCUUCAUAAAACUGUCGACAUUCCUAAACCUCGUGUGGAUGAUGAAUCGCCAGAAAUCUAUCUGGAUCGGCUCUGUGCGGUUGUUAGCAAAGCUGAAGUAGCAGGGGUUCUUGCCGCAAGUGCGGAUAUCUUCCACGUACAAGCGCUUCGUGCCUACAUCAGCAGGUUCAAUUUUGCAAACGAUCCCUUGGAUGUUGCGCUCCGGAGACUACUAAUGGAUGUCGGCCUUCCACGAGAGACUCAACAAAUCGACCGUGUCAUGGAAGCCUUUGCGCAUCAAUAUGUUAGUUGUCAUCCGAAUCUGUUUACGUCUGAAGAUCAUCCGUACAUUUUAGCGUUCAGUUUGAUUAUGCUUCAUACAGAUGCUUUUAACAAAUCAAACAAACGCAAAAUGACGAAGGCUGAUUACGUUAAAAAUACCAGACUUCCGGGUGUAUCUUCUGAAGUUUUGGACUGCUUUUACGACAACAUUGUGUUUGCGCCAUUCAUCUUUGUAGAGGAUCCUUUGGAUAUCAAUGGGCAACGAGGGUUCGUUUCAGAGGGAUCCAGAAUCAACCUCUCUGUUUCCGGCACUAGUCCUAAUGGCUCAGGGUCUGGCAUUCUAGGGAAGGGAAACAAGGUUGAUCCUUACUACCUGAUAUCUAAUAACCUUCUCGGUGCCCUCCGUGUCGAUGUUGAGAGGUACAUACCUGCCUCUCAUCCGUACUCUUGGGAAGGCACAAAUGGUCGCUGGGAUGACGACGAAUUGCAGUCAGUAUUUGCUAACGCAACUGCUGUCGAAAUUGUCUUGGAUAACCGCCUGACUUCCCCUUUUUUCGGUAUGGGUAGUCCACCUAGUCCAUUAAUCGGAUCUCUCGGUGGUCUGCCAGAUUCCCCGUCUCUUACAGGGGAGAUGUAUACUCUCCGGGUAUCCAAAGCAGGCGUGCUUUCCAGGAAAGAUGAUAUGCUCGAAGGCGGGAAAAAAUCGACACAUCGGAAAUGGAGACCGAUGAGCGUUGUCUUGACUGGUUCACAGCUCCUCUUUUUCCGUGAUUUGACUUGGGCGAAUACCCUAGCCUGUAGUUCCGAUCCAUCUGGCAGUCAGGUCAUCUAUCCCCAGGCAACUGUUUUUAACCCCGAUGAGUCUAUCUCCGUCAAGGAUUGCAUUGCUGUUUGGGACGAAUCAUAUACCAAACAUCCCAAUGUUUUCCGUUUCGUUAUGCACGACGGUCGCCAAUUCCUACUCCAAGCCUCGGAUGACAAAGAUCUCAACGAGUGGAUAUCCCGUAUAAACUAUGCCAGCUCUUUCAAAUCUGCCGGUGUCCGUAUAAGACCGAUGGGAAUGUCAAGAAGAGACGUGAAGCUGACCGGUGUAGCUGCAGCUACCUCACAUUUGCACGAUUUGCAGCACAUGAAUCAAGCUACCCCUGUAGUGCGGAAGUGGGGUGGCGGUGGAUCUCAUGAGUCAUCGAGUCCUCUUUCCGGCGAACAAUAUUUGCCAAUGAUGAGACCUAUGCAGCAGAAAGUAACGUUGAUGAACGAUCAUGACGCCGUAGAGCAGGAUGUUCCUAUGGCGCCUGAAGUCGAAGGAGCUGAUCAGUUCAAGGCCACCUUUGAUCAGGUGAAAGCUGAUCUUUCUGCUGGCCGAUGGAGUUAUAAUCUGGUGCGCGCCGACGAACUGGACUUACAGCAGACUUCGAUUACUUCAUCGGAUUCUGCACGGAGCGACAUCUCAGGUCUUCCCUCACGUUCCAACGUCAUUUUGUCGAAGAUACGUGAUUUAGAUGCCAGGAUCUCCGCUUCUCAAUCACAGCUGGACUCUGACCUUCGUUUCGUUCGCAACAUUGCCACUCUCACCCCAUUCCAGCGGCAUACCCGUUAUCGCCUUCUUCUCGCUAUCCAGGGUGUUUCAAAGCGCAUUAUGCAGGAACGUUUGGAAUUCACCAAGUUGGCCUGCCAUCGGGCAGUUCUUUCUCGGGAUUUUGCGGCAGAGGGUCGCGAAUGGAAUCGAAUCAAGCAGAUUGCGUUGAAGGCUGCUGCAGAAAUGCUUCAAAGCCAACAACCACGCGAAGCUCCGAUUCCCACAAUGACUGUGUCAUUCCAUGACUCGGAGAACCAAACAACACCUCCAGAGUCCAUAUGGCCGUCAUCUGAUGACAUAGCAUCAUCCAAUUUUUUGAGUUCUUCUCAGGUGUACGAGUCCCCAAAGGCAUCGCCCUCGGAAUUACUCUCAUACCCUUUCCCCGAUGUCAAUACCUCAACCUAUUCAGUAUCAAGAAACGAUGGUCCGUCGCCCCGUAUUAGUGACGAGAUACAUACACAUGAAAAGUAUUAUACCGCCGUGGAGGAAGCAGAGGAGUGGGAUAAAACCAAGUGUGCUCAGCGUGUGUCGCUGGUCCGCCUUCCUUCGACCAUUGUCUUGAGAUACGAGAGAGGCGUUACUCACAGGGAUUGAAUUUAUUACCAUGAAUUUAUAGUGGUUAUUUUACAUACGCUACGUUGACGUUGAUACUAGUAUUGUAAGAUAAUGUGUGAAUUACUCAUAUUAGACCUAGUUACCAUUCAAUUUCUGAAACGCGGGAAGCGCAGCGGC